CAAUGAAGACAGUGAGCCUGGUCUAGAGAGACACACUGAGGGAGGUUUACUUCAGUCGGCUUGCUCUGUUUCUCUCUUUCUGUCACACUCUAUCUACCUGCUGACUACUGAAGGCACUCACAGACCACAUACAACCUGGACGGAGUCUAGAGAUGAUACUACCACAGGCUAACAGCCACUUUUUUUUAAUUGUGUUAAUUUAAUCAUUUAUUUAUUCAUUCAAAUGUUCUGUUUACCAUGAAACUACCUUCCUGCUGUUGCAAAGGAAAUUCAAAUUAAAAUAAAGAGGAAAGGACCAGACAUUCUUUGGUUGCUAAGCCCAGUGAAGUACAGAUAUGGCCCAGGGACCAAAGGACCAAGGAGGUGUGGGGACUGCAGAUCCCGAUGACGACUCUCCAAACAUGAUUGUCUACAGAAAGAUCGAGGAUAUCAUUUACCGGAUACAGGAUGACAAGGCUGGGGGAGUGCCCAUCCGGACGGUAAAGAGCUUCCUGUCCAAGAUCCCCAGUGUAGUGACAGGUGCUGACAUUGUGCAGUGGCUGAUGAAAAACCUAAUCAUUGAAGACCCAGGUGAAGCAAUCCACUUAGGAAGUCUAAUUGCUGCACAGGGCUACCUUUUCCCAAUAUCAGACCAUGUCCUGACCCUGAAGGAUGAUGGGACUUUUUACCGCUUUCAAGCUCCUUAUUUCUGGCCGUCAAACUGCUGGGAGCCAGAGAACACAGAUUACGCCAUCUACCUGUGCAAGAGGACAAUGCAGAACAAAGCAAGACUGGAGCUAGCUGACUAUGAAGCAGAAAAUCUGGCCAGAUUACAAAGGGCCUUCGCAAGAAAAUGGGAGUUCAUCUUCAUGCAAGCUGAGGCCCAAGUCAAGGUCGACAGAAAAAAGGACAAAACUGAGAGGAAGAUUUUGGACAGCCAGGAACGAGCGUUCUGGGAUGUGCACCGGCCUGUUCCUGGCUGUGUGAACACCACCGAGAUGGACAUCCGGAAGUGCCGCAGGAUGAAGAACCCACAGAAGGUGAAGAAGUCAGUGUACGGAGUCACAGAGGAUUCCCAGACACAGAGUCCAGUACACACGCCAGUCCAGCCCCAGAGGAAAACCACGAAAGAGGAUGUCCAAAAACAGAUCACCUUUCUAAAUACACAGCUGGACAGGCACUGUAUGAAAAUGUCCAAAGUAGCUGAAAGUCUGAUGACGUAUACAGAGCAGUUCCUGGACUUCGAUCCCUUUUUGACGAUGCCUGACCCAUCUAACCCAUGGAUCAGCGAUGACAUCACAUUCUGGGAGCUGGAGGCCAGCAAGGAACCUGGCCAGCAGAGGGUGAAGAGGUGGGGCUUCUCAUUGGACGAGGCGCUCAUGGAUCCUGUGGGGCGGGACCAGUUCCUCAAGUUCGUGGAGUCAGAAUUCAGCUCAGAGAACCUCAGGUUCUGGCUGGCAGUGCAGGAUUUGAAACGACGCCCCCUACAGGCCGUCUCAGCUCGGGUUCAAGAGAUCUGGCAGGAGUUCCUGGCCCCCGGGGCCCCCAGCGCCAUUAACCUGGACUCUCACAGCUACGAGCGGACCAGCCAGAACAUGAAGGAUCCAGGGAGAUACAGCUUCGAGGACGCCCAGGAACACAUCUACAAGCUGAUGAAAAGCGACAGCUAUGCACGCUUCCUCCGCUCCAGCACCUACCAGGACCUGCUGCUGGCCAAAAAGAAGCUUGAGAACGAGCAGGGACGCCGAACCUCCCUAGAGAAAUUCACUCGCAGUGUGGGAAAGUCAUUGACAGGCAAGCGCUUGACAGGCCUGAUGCAGUCCUCCUGACAGAGCGAAGAGCCAAUCAGCAGAAGAAAGCAGCCUCCAGUCACAGCCCAGCAGGGGAGGGGCAUCCAGGGCAGGGCUCGAGGGGGGUGGUGAAACCCAGAGCUGACCAAUCUCCUCCCGCCAGUCAGUUUACAGUCUCCCCUCCCCCUGCCCCUCCUCCCACUGUACAGAGAGAGAGCAGCGCAGCACCACGGUACUCCACUAGGGGGCUCACCAUGACAUUGAUGUCAAUAAAGUGUAGAUAAAUGAGAUUCCUCUGGGGGUCAUUUAUUUAUUUGUUUUUCAUUUUAAUUUGUGGGGUUUUUAUUUGAAUCCUUGUUGAUCUCAGAGAAUUGAAAACUUUUCGUAGUUGUUAGAGUUUGGGGGUUAACUUCUACUAGUGUUGUCACGCACACAUCACAGAGCUUGUGUACCAUGGCUUAUUUUCUUAGCCCUAAUAAAGCCAAAGUUUAUGUUCACUUCCACUCCAGACUCUAACUUCACCUACUGCACAGAAGGUUCUGUAUUUAUGGUGGGGUGUCGGUAUGUAUAAUACUAAACGCAAAGAAAGUUUUGUUAUUUUUAGGGCACAAGUUGAAACUUGGAAAGCGCAGAACACUUUCUUUUUUUAUAGGUUACUAAAUAAGUUAUUAAAAAAUAUAAUACGUUGCUAAAAUCAUUUUUAUAAUACUGGAGUAAGGCUUCUUGGAAUGGUCUUCAGCAGCUAGGCUUGUGGCUAUGAACCAACCUGAACUUAAACUUAACCCAUUAAUUGCCAUUGUCCACAUUUGAGGACAGGCUACUUUGUAAUUUUUGGUGUGUUUUUAACUAGAAUCUACCUGUUACCAGUAUUUAAAUUUUCUCUUUAACUACAUUGUAAUGAUAACUAAUUGUGUUAGCCGCAAAGUCUAAAUGUAACUGUUAAUUCUGCAAAAAUAGCCCUUCAGAUGCUUUUUUGACUCCUCAAGAUAAAAUAAGAAACUGAAAAUAAUUAGGUACAUAAUGGGUUAAAAUGAAGUCUCAAAUGAUGUGAUGAAAAACAGAAACAAGAAUUGGAAACCAAACAAAAUGAAGGACAUGUGGGAAAGAGAAUAACCCAUUUUAAACUAUUUCCAUUCACCCAUAAUCAUCUCAUCAUCUCUACACUGUUGAUUAAAAGAGGAGCGUUUAGCACAUGACUGUGAGGCUGUCAUAAAGAAGAGCUUAAAAACCUGACUUGUCAGUGCACUGCAAAACCAUUCAUUUAAAGAUGACAGAGAUACAGCCCUGCUAAUUCUAAUACAUACCCGCCUGCCUCCAUAGUACAAUAUCAUGCUUUAUCUCACAACUCACAUUCAUAGAUAGAGAGAGCCUUUCUAAUGCACUCUAUAUUGCAAUUAAAGCUAUUGUGUUAGUGGCUGCAAAGCAUGUCAGUCAAUAGAAGAAGAAGCUGGUCGAAGGGGUGGGGAUAAUAAAACUGGCAGUUUAACGCGAGUUUGAAGAUUGUGAAGAUCUGUUAGCUUCUGGAGCGUAUCUGCCUGUGGGAUGAUAACUGCUCAGCUCAGAACCAAUGUUUAUACUGACAUUUCUGUUUUCAGGGCCUUUGUUGUUGACAAAUGGCUUAUUAACAUGCUUACAAAUGUUCUUUUUCUGUUAAUGGUUAGUUAAAAUAUAGGAACCUGCUUAUAAACAAUUCAAAAUAACUGUUUUCAAAAUUGCCUUAAACAAAUGUUAACAUUCUAACUAACCGGUAACAACUAACUAGCUAGUUAUUAACAGUUAAGAAAAUGACAAAAGUGCUCAAAAUGUACAAGUGGCCCUCGUCAGUGAGCAUCCUCACAUCUGCAGUUCCAGCUUUUUUUUUCAGUGAUACAGAAUGAUAAGUUUCUUAUCAACAUUACUGGGGAAAGAAAAACAAAACCGUUAUUGUUAAAGGAAGUCCUUUAAACCCUCUGAAUGGGCAGUUUAAAAAAAAAAAAAAAAAGUUUAUUGUCCUACGAUAUACAUUCUUAAUAAAGGCUAGACCUGAUGACAUAUUAAUUGGCAGCACCAUCUCAUGCAUAGCAGUGUAUUGCCAGCAAAGCAAAAGGAAACUUCAUCCAAAGUGGGCGAUCACUAGAUGGCGCUGUCUCUUACUACUGUAGACACCUGGCCUGAUUACGCCUAUGUUUUGCAUUACACAGAAACACACACACAAAAACACAUGGAAUAAAAACCACUCCGAAUGAUCUGAAACAUUAUAAAUGGGUAAGGGGAUAAUGAUAUUUGAAGAUAUUUACUCUUAACUGAUGUGACCUUUGGAGAGUCAAAAAGCUAGUUGUACGCUUGAGAAGAAAGCAUGUCAUGAUUACCGUACUGCAGUGUCAGAUGAAUAGCCUGGCUACCUAUGUUCAGAGGUAUAUUAAUCACUGCGAUGAACUAUAAUAUACUGUAUAAUGGUAUUAAAACUUGGGGGG